AUGGGGGCUCGGUCUCGCUUCGGGUGUUUGUCCUGCAAGCAUCGCAAAAAGAAAUGUGAUGAACAGAAACCUAUAUGCACGGCCUGUUUGCGCAAUAGUCUUGGCUGUGUGUGGCCAGACCCGAUUACGGAUACCCAGAGAGGAUUUGCAUCGCGACUGCAGCCAUUGAACACGCGCCCUACCAUUGAAUUGGACGCGCGGACCCUCGUUCGUGCUGCACAUCCUGAUUUCCCGACUGGGUCCAUUCCCUCGUGUCCAGCUAAUUUUGCUCUACCCGGAUCUAUCGCGCAAGCAUCUGAAACUUGGAGACUUCUUGACCAUUACCUGAAGGAUACUGCGAAUCGGUUGGCGUGUUUGCAAGACAGCCAAAACCCGUUCCUUCAUACACUGCUUCCGGCUGCUCUCAAUGACGAACUUUUAAUGAACGCAAUUCUGGCCCUAUCUGGGGUCCAUAUGAUGCAGCGAAUGCCUCAAUUAGAUCGGGAUCUGCAGACUCUCACCUGGUCAAGUUACAAUCGGGCAUUGAAGCAGCUGCGAGUGGCAUUGUCAACGGAUUUUAAUGGGCCCGUCAGUGUAGAUGCGGCUUGGCGCGCGCUACUCGUUGUUCUAAUAUUUUAUUUGUUAGAGGCUACUAGAGGCACUGAUCAUAAUGCCAUGCAAAAGCACCUCGACGGUGCACACCAUUUGAUGACCUAUGUCAAUCGUUUUGGCUCUAGUGCUACUCAUUCUAGCAUUGUGUCGCUAGUGACGGAGCUCUAUGUAUACAACUCUUCUCUGGCAUCAUUCACAGUGAACUGCCCGCCCUCGUCAUUACCCAAGUAUUUGUUGAUUAGUUCCUCCACCAUACCUAUCAGUACAUAUGGCGUGAUGUGCGGUUGCGCUUAUGAACUUUUCACUUAUAUACCAAAGGUCUCCGCUCUUCUAUGGGAAUUCGCCUCCCAUGAACCGGUGCUGCCAAAAAGAAGCUGCAUUAUUGAAUACCAUGCUCUGCGUGCUCAAGUCGCAAAGUGGAAGCCCCAUAGCGAACAACGAGACAUGGUUCUCUGCGCAGAACUUUAUCAACAGAGCCUGCUUUUGCUUUUGGAUUCCCACUUUGCUGGUGAUGAAACUCAAAUUAACAUUGAAAAUGCCUUUCAGAGGCUCCAGUCACUGAUAUCUCACCUGUCUCCAACUUCCCCCAUUGCAACGACAGCCACAUGGCCUCUUUUUGUGUUUGGAACAUUUGCCAGUCAUGAUCACCACAAAGUUUUGAUUAGAAUUUACUUACAAGAACUUAUAAAGGAAUUUGGAAUGGGUGUCAUGUCAACAGCUCUGGAUCAAUUGCAGGAAGUUUGGAAGGAGGAGCCUGAUCCAAAUACGGUCAGCAGGUUUUUCUCCAAUCAAAACAAUGUAAUAUUGAUUUGUUGA